GUACUGCAUAAAUAAUGUCACAUAAUAUUCUAAAAGUACUGAACAAUAACUCAUCAAUGACCAGGCAAGCACAAACAUAAAAUUCAUUUAAGUCAGAUGACGAUUUUCUUUUUAGGUACACAGGAUGCUAUUAGUCAGGAGAGAAAAGUCUUACCAACCUCUUAAAUAAUGUUUGGUUCAUUGAAAUGAAGAUGGAAUGGAGUGAUUAUUUCAUUAGAAUGUUCAUUCUCACAUUUGGUUAGUAAAAAAAUGAGGUAAAAUUUAUUACAAAUGGAGAAUAAUGAAUGGGCAUUCUAUUCCAAUUUAGUUGCAUUCCAGUGAACCAAACAUAGCCUGACUAAGUUGAAAGGGGUCUAGGCAACAAAAUUAACCCUACUUGAUUGAAUAAAAAGUUCCCCUUAAAUUGAGAGAGCUCUCUUUCCACAAGUACCUAAAUUAUUGUGUCUAUGGUUUUGUAAACACUUUGGGAGACUGUAGCUCCUCAAUGUGGAGCAAAGUUUUUUUAUUUUUGUCUAUCCCUCUUUGGGAGGGUUUCAGAAACCUAAAUGGAAUUAUACAAUAGUACUAACACAAAUGUUAGCAGCACAAAAAUAUAUGAAAAGAGAAAACUUAAAUUAAAUAUUAAUAAAAUCUUUCGUGUUCUAAUUUUGUGUACCUAACAUUUUUGUAGUUAUAAAUAAUUGAAGUCUGUCUUUCUAUAUGUUGAAAAAUGCAUGUGCAGCAAAGAUGAUAAAGUUAGGUCAUUUCUACCAAAUAGGCUGUGUCAUGUGUAUGUGCUCUAUCAUUUGAAAUAUAGGCAAACCCUAAAUCUUUUUUUUUUUGAGGGACCCAAAUCUCUAUAAAUAUCUCUAUCUUCCCACUUCUUCACUACUCCAUCCAACUCUCUCUCUCUCUCUCUCUGAGUUUGCUUCCUUUGUAUCUCAAAGCAAUGGAUAAAAAACAAAGUGCAGCCAUUUUAUGCUUUGUACUAAUGCUUGGUUUGCUCGCAGAAAACCUGCAGGCUUCUUCUGAGCUUCAACUUCAAGUUUCUCAGCUACAAGGCAACAACCAAAUGUAUGGUGUCACCCAAGGCAGCCUCCGGCCUCAAG